AUGUCACAAUUUCGUGAUACGUUUACUAAAGAUAGUAAAAAAGAGCCAUUAUUGAGUUAUGACGACUCGGCAUUUAUUUUUUUCGCAGGAACAGUAUUAAUUUGUGUAUUGAUACCAUGUACAUAUGUGUAUUUAAAAAAUAUAAUAAAAAGAAUAUUUAAGAAUGAUUAUUACAAUUUAAAGAAAUCUAAGAAUAAUAGUACUUAUCGGUCAUGUACAUGUUCGUUAUGUAAGCAAAAACAAGAGAAACGAAAUAAAAAUACAAGAAUAUGGGAAAGAAUAGGAUAUGCAAAAAUAAUUCAAUUUUUUCUUUUAGUCCUAUUUUGGGGGCUGUUAUAUAUAUUGAUAAAUGAGAUGUUAAAUACGAAACCAAUGCAGACAUUUGAUCCGUUUGAAAUAUUAGAAGUAAGUAUAGGAGCAAGUGUUGGAGAAAUAAAAAAAGCAUAUCGAUUGAAAUCUUUAAAAUAUCAUCCUGAUAAAAAUCCAAAUGAUACAUCAGCAGCUGCAAAAUUUAUAUUAAUUACAAAGGCUUAUCAAGCUUUAACUGAUGAAAUAUCAAAAGAGAAUUAUGAAAAGUAUGGUAAUCCAGAUGGACCUGGUAUGAUGAAAGUUGGUAUUGGGUUACCUAAAUUAUUGAUUGAUGAGAAGUAUCAAUUAUUAAUAUUAUCAAUAUUUUUUUUAAUAUUUCUUGUAUUUAUUCCUGCUACAUUUAUUAUAUAUUAUCAAAAGCAAAAACAAUAUGGACCUAAUGGUGUAAAAAUUGAGACAUUACAAUAUUUGACAUAUACUAUAAAUGAAAAUAGUCGAUCUAAAUCAUUUCCAGAAAUGUUAGCAGCAACGGCUGAAAGCAGAGAUAUAGAAAUGAAAAAAGACGAUGAACAAUAUAUAAAAACAUUGAUGGAAGAAUUAAUUGAACCUAAAAAAAGAACAUUUAAAAUUCCUGUUAUUACAAAAAAUUACUUUUUAAUAUUAGCACAUAUGCAAAGAAGGCAUGAUUUAUUAUCAGAAGAUUUAAAAAAAGAUUUAGAACAUAUAUUAAAAUUUUCUUUAUUAAUAACACAUAGUAUGAUUGAAAUAAGUAUUUUAAGGGAUUGGUUUUUAACAGCUCAAUCAGCAUUAACAUUCAGAAGAUGUUUAAUACAAGCUUUUGAAGCAAAAAAUUCGAGCUUAUUACAAAUACCACAUUUUGAUGAAAAUAUUGUUAGACAUGUACAUAAAGGAAAAUUUUCAGUUAAAGAAGUAUUAGAUUUUGUACAUCAAGAUCAUGAAAAUAGGAAAGGAUUAGUUGAUAUGGAUCCAGACCAAAUAUUAGAUGUUAAAUCUUUUUGUAAUACAAUUCCAGAUAUAAAAAUGACUGCACAUAUUGUAGUAGAAGAUGAAACACAUAUAGUCAAAGGAGAUGUUGCUUCAGUUUAUGUACAAAUCGAUAGAUCUAAUUUAAUGGAAAAUGAAGCAGCUGGUUAUAUACAUGCACCCUAUUUUCCACAACCAAAAUUUGAAGAAUGGUGGAUUAUUGCUACGUAUAAAAAUGAUGAUCGUAUAUUAAAAUAUGUACAUGUUAAAAAUUGUGAAAAAAUUAUUGAAGAAAAAUUACAAUUUCUUGUAGAUAAAGUAGGAAAUCUAGCAGUCUCUGUUUUUGCCUUAUGUGAUUCAUAUUUCGGUUGUGAUCAAAAAGUAGAUAUUCCAUUUAAAGCUUAUUCAAAAACAGAAAUUAAAAGAGAAAUAUUUGUACAUCCUGAAGAUAUCGAACUAGAUAAUGAACCUACAUUAUUUCAACAAAUGCUUGGAGAUAUUAACAAAAAAAGAGUAAGUAGCGACGACGAAGAUGAUGAUGAUAAUGAACAAGGAAAGAAUAAAAAUAAUUCAAAUAAUAAAGUUAUGAAAAAAAAUGCAUCAGCAGACCAAGAAAAUUAUGUCCCAGAGGAUGAUGCAAAUGAUGAAUCGGAUGAUGAUUGA